AUGCUUCCGAUAUUGGCCAUUCUCAUUGGCACAAAGGCUUUCAAGGAUUACGAAACCAUAGAAGAUCUACUCAACAUACAACCAUCAGAAAGCGAGAUGAUCCACUUACAGUGGAAGGAAAGCGUCCUUGACUUGCCCUUUUUCAAGAGCAUGUCUGCAAGAGGUACGCCGGGAAAGAUAGAAACGGCGACUGCAUUCAGCAAGCGCCUUAGGCUCCUGGGUUUCCGCGCUGGGUAUUCAGGUCCUCCCACAAUUCACGACUUUAGAGCUGAGGGGCUAUACUGGAUUGAUAAGUUAUACACCGUUGCCCAGAGAAUGAAGCAUGCUGGCCAGAAAGACCCCAACACGUACAACAACCAUUAUCAGCCCAAUAAUAGCGGUACAGAUUGCCAGGGCUGCUAUUUCGGCCUUGAUGUGCGCAACAUCGCCAACGAUCUCUUCCGCGGCUUAACACUUGCGCGCAACCCACAGCUGUGGCAGACUCUCCCAGCAGAAAAGCAAGAAGAAGACAGCGAGACACGGACUCAGUCACACGCCAUAGGAACCUUUACGCCGAAAGACGAAGGUUGA